UCGCGGUCGCGACUUGCCGCCCUAAGCGCUCUCCCAAGUCCAGCCCGCUCGGCGAGGACUUCCUUCUUCUGGACGAACCUUGUCAAGCAAGCUGGGAUCUAUGAGUGGAAAGGUGACCAAGCCCAAAGAGGAGAAAGAUGCUUCUAAGGUUCUGGAUGACGCCCCCCCUGGCACACAGGAAUACAUAAUGUUACGGCAAGAUUCCAUCCAAUCCGCGGAAUUAAAGAAAAAAGAGUCCCCCUUUCGUGCUAAGUGUCACGAAAUCUUCUGCUGCCCGCUGAAGCAAGUGCACCACAAAGAAAACACAGAACCCGAAGAACCUCAGCUUAAGGGUAUCGUUACCAAACUAUACAGCCGCCAAGGCUACCACUUGCAGCUGCAGGCAGAUGGCACCAUCGAUGGCACCAAAGACGAGGACAGCACUUACACUCUGUUCAACCUUAUCCCUGUGGGUCUUCGGGUGGUGGCUAUUCAAGGAGUCCAAACCAAGCUGUACUUGGCAAUGAACAGCGAGGGAUACCUGUACACCUCGGAACAUUUCACACCUGAAUGCAAAUUCAAAGAAUCAGUGUUUGAAAAUUAUUAUGUGACAUACUCAUCGAUGAUGUACCGUCAGCAGCAGUCGGGCCGAGGGUGGUAUCUGGGUCUGAACAAAGAAGGAGAGAUCAUGAAAGGCAACCACGUGAAGAAGAACAAGCCCGCAGCACAUUUUCUGCCCAAGCCACUGAAAGUGGCCAUGUAUAAGGAGCCGUCUCUGCACGAUCUCACGGAGUUCUCCCGAUCUGGAAGUGGGACCCCAACCAAGAGCAGAAGCGUCUCCGGUGUGCUGAAUGGAGGCAAAUCCAUGAGCCACAAUGAAUCAACGUAGUCAGUGAGGGUAAAACGAGGGCUCCAUAACAGAACCUUAUGUCCAGGUGCUGUU